GCAGGAGCCAUGUCGGCGGCGCAGGUGUCGUCGUCGCGGCGCCAGUCGUGCUACCUGUGCGACCUGCCCCGCAUGCCGUGGGCCAUGAUCUGGGACUUCAGCGAGCCGGUGUGCCGCGGCUGCGUCAACUAUGAGGGCGCCGACCGCAUCGAGUUCGUCAUCGAGACGGCCCGCCAGCUCAAGCGGGCCCACGGUUGCUUCCAGGACGGCCGCUCGCCUGGCCCCCCGCCCCCCGUCGGCGUCAAAGCCGUGGCCCUCUCCGCCAAGGAAGCGGCGGCGGCGGCGGCAGCGGCGGCAGCCCAGCAGCAGCUCAACCAUGUGGACGCCGCCUCCUCCGCCAAAGCCCCGACGGGCCUGGAGCGCUACGGGCUGAGCGAGCCCCGCGGUCGCUUUGAGUACCCGCCGCCCCCGCCGCCGGGCAGCCACGCCGGACGCCUCCCCAACGGCCUGGGCGGCCCCAAUGGCUUCCCCAAGGCGCCAGACGACGGGCCGCCCGAGCUGAACCGCCAGAGCCCAAAUUCCUCCUCCUCCUCGUCGUCGUCGUCGUCCUCCUCGUCCCGCCGAGGGGCGCACGGCGGCCUGGUGAGUGGCCUCCCCCCGGGCGGCGGCCAGGGGCUCAACGUGCCGCCCAACCUGCUGCCGCAGACGCUGCUCAACGGGCCGGGUGGGGGCGGCGGGGUGGCGCUGCCUCCCCCGCGUGGACCGCCGGCCUCGUCCUCCUCGUCGUCGUCGUCCUCUUCUUCUUCGUCGUCGUCGUCCUCUUGCUCGACAGGCUCGGGGGCGGAGGCGUGUGGGAAGCGUCCGGGAUCGGUGUCGAGUAGCGGCGACCAGGAGCGGGAGCUGAAGGAGAAGCAGCGCAACGCGGAGGCGCUGGCCGAGCUGAGCGAGAGCCUGCGCAACCGGGCCGAGGAGUGGGCCAGCAAGCCCAAGCUGGUGCGCGACACGCUGCUGACGCUGGCCGGCUGCACGCCCUACGAGGUGCGCUUCAAGAAGGACCACGCGCUGCUGGGCCGCGUCUUCGCCUUCGACGCCGUCUCCAAGCCGGGCCUGGACUACGAGCUGAAGCUCUUCAUCGAGUACCCCAGCGGCUCGGGCACCGUCUUCUCCAGCGCCUCGGGUGUGGCCAAGCAGAUGUACCAGGACUGCAUGAAGGACUUCGGCCGCGGCCUCUCCUCCGGCUUCAAGUACCUUGAGUACGAGAAGAAGCACGGCUCGGGCGACUGGCGCCUGCUGGGGGACCUGCUGCCCGAGUCGGUGCGCUUCUUCAAGGAGCUGGUGGGCGCCGACAUGCUGCCGCAGCCCUACCUCGACGCCUCCUGCCCCAUCCUGCCCAACGCCCUGGUGGGCCUGCCCCGCGCCGCCGUGGCCGCUGCCUCCUCCGCCGGCGGGGGGGCGGGGGGGCCGGGCUCCGGGCGCGGGCCGGGCGGGGGCGGCGGCGGGGGCCUGCGCAAGAGGAAGGCCUCUCCGGAGCCGUCGGACUCGGCCUCGGAGGGCGGCGGCGGCGGCGGGCUGAAGCUGAGCGACGAGCAGCAGCGGCAGCAGUGGCUGGCCAGCCAGAGCGAGGCGCUCAAGCUCACCAUGUCGGCGGGCGGCUUCGCCGGGGGGGUGCCACCGCCGCCCCUCGGGCCCCACUCCAACCGGACCACCCCGCCCGAGUCGGCGCCGCAGAACGGGCAGUCGCCCAUGGCCGCCCUCAUGUCUGUGGCCGACACGCUGGGCAAUGCCCACUCGCCCAAGGACGGCAGCUCCGUCCACUCCACCACCUCCACGCGGCGGAACAGCAGCAGCCCGGUCUCGCCGGCCUCGGUGCCCGGCCCGCGCCGCCUGGCCUCCCGCAACGGGGAGCUCAGCCUGCAGGUGGCCCCCCCGCCGCCGCCGCCGCCGCCCAGCGCCCACCCCGCCCUGGACCAAGGCCACCCCCCCAACAUUCCAGACUCGCCCAUGGCCAACAGCGGACCCCUGUGCUGCACCAUUUGCCACGAACGCUUGGAGGACACCCACUUUGUGCAGUGCCCCUCCGUGCCCAGCCACAAGUUCUGCUUCCCUUGUUCCCGCGAGAGCAUCAAGGCCCAGGGGGCCACGGGCGAGGUCUACUGCCCCAGCGGCGAGAAAUGCCCCUUAGUCGGUUCCAACGUGCCUUGGGCAUUCAUGCAGGGCGAGAUUGCGACCAUUUUAGCUGGCGACGUGAAAGUGAAAAAGGAAAGAGACCCUUAAAACAAACCAACCAACCGCAACCCAACAACACACACAGGCAGCAAACUCAACUCCCUUCAGCCUUCUGAAGAUGUAGAAUUGUGAAUAUUGAAAACAACCCCCCCCCCACGAGAAACAGUACUGCAAACAGUUUAGUCUUAUGUAUAGACCUUAUUUUCGUCGUAUGUUUCUAUAUUUUGAAACAAAGGUAUGUACCCUUCUUCAUUUGAAGGAUAGAGCUGUUUUUUUCCCCUCCCCGUUUUUGUUUUGUUAAAAACAGAAUAUAAUAUUUGUUUGGUUACCACAUAAUACCUGUUUCUCAUUUCUUUGGCUGUGUGUUGGCUAGGUACACAGUUUAAUAGCCGUUAGCUAUUCCUUGCUGCUGGUGUGUAUUUUUGUAAAUGUAUGCACUUCUCUAAAAGAAAAAAAAUGGAAAAAAAAUUAAAAACUUUUCUUUUUGCCAAGGCCAGUGUUGAUGCCUAAAAGAAAAAAAAUGCUACAAAAUGGUGACAGUUUAUGUUUUACAAGCCCAGAGGUGUUAGUCGUUCACAUUUUUUUCUUUUAUUCCCCUCCUUUUCUUGUUUUUCUUUAAGUUCCCCUUUUUGUUUGUUUGCAAAAUGGUGGGGUGGUAGGGGGGUGUUUUGUUGCAACUUUGUAAAGAAAAUGUUUCAGUUUGUUCCUAUUGAUCUCUGAACGUUUUACUUUUUUUUUUUUUUUUGCUUUAUUGAUGCACGGAAGCUUUUGAACACUAGAGCAAAAUUUGCUGUACAUGGAAAACAUGCUCUGUUUGUCCUUUAUACAUUUCUGUAGUUAACAGAACACUGUAAUGUGCCUUGGAGCUUAGUAAAUUGUAAUAAAUUCAAUUGAUAUUAAUA